AUGGGGCCCAAGACACCCCCACAGCUCCCUGGGAAAUGGCAAGUGCUGUGCAUGUUGUCCUUGUGCUGCUGGGGCUGGGUGUCUGGGCAGCUUCGUUAUUCAGUGGUGGAGGAGGCUGAGCCGGGGACGCUGGUGGGGAAUGUUGCUCAGGAUCUGGGCUUAAAGGUGACAGAUCUGUCCAGCCGCCGACUGCGGUUGGGCUCUGAGGAGAACGGGCGCUAUUUUUCCCUGAGCUUGGUGAGUGGUGCUCUGGCAGUGAAUCAAAAGAUUGACCGCGAGAGCCUGUGUGGAGCCAGCACCAGCUGCUUGCUGCCAGCGCAGGUGGUGACUGAACACCCCCUGGAACUAAUCCGAGUAGAGGUAGAGAUCCUGGAUCUCAAUGACAACUCUCCUAGCUUUGCCACCCCUAAACGAGAGAUGCGCAUCUCAGAAUCAGCAGCCCCUGGGGCUCGAUUCCCACUGGAUAGUGCCCAGGAUCCAGACGUGGGCACCAAUACUGUGAGCUUCUACACUCUAAGCCCCAACGGCCACUUCUCUCUGAACGUGAAGACCCUAAAAGAUGGGAAGCUAUUCCCAGAGCUGGUGCUAGAGCAGCAGCUGGACCGUGAAACCCAAGCAAGACAUCAGUUGGUGCUCACUGCUGUGGAUGGGGGCACCCCAGCCCGCUCAGGGACCACCCUUAUCUCUGUCAUUGUGCUGGAUGUCAAUGACAAUGCUCCAACCUUCCAGUCCUCAGUUCUGCGAGUGGGACUCCCAGAGAACGCACCAAUAGGUACACUGCUGCUCUGCCUCAAUGCCACUGAUCCAGAUGAGGGUACCAAUGGCCAACUAGACUAUUCUUUUGGGGAUCACACAUCGGAGGCAGUUCGGAAUCUCUUUGGCCUAGACGCUAGCAGUGGAACAAUCCAUGUGUUGGGUCCCAUAGACUUUGAGGACUCAAGUUUCUAUGAAAUUCAUGCAAGAGCUCGUGACCAGGGACAGCCAGCCAUGGAGGGCCACUGUGUGAUUCAAGUGGAUGUGGGGGAUGCCAAUGACAAUGCCCCAGAGGUGCUACUGGCCUCCUUGGUCAACCCUGUCCUGGAGAGCACAUCCGUAGGCACAGUAGUGGGGUUGUUUAACGUGCGGGACCGAGACUCAGGUAGAAAUGGUGAAGUGAGCCUUGAUAUCUCUCCGGACCUGCCAUUUCAGAUUAAGCCUUCUGAGAACCACUACUCACUGCUAACCAGCCAGCCGUUGGACCGAGAGGCCACCUCACACUAUAUCAUCGAACUGAGGGCCAGUGAUGCUGGCUCACCUCCCCAGCACACACAUCUUACCAUCAGACUCAACAUUUCAGACAUUAAUGACAAUGCACCUCACUUCACCCAGCAACUCUACACUGCUUAUAUCCCAGAAAACCAGCCCCCAGGCUCCCUUCUCUGCACUGUGGCUGCCUUGGACCCAGACACUGGAGAUAAUGCCCGCCUCACCUACUUCAUCAUAGGCAGUCAGAUUCAGGGAACCCCGACCUCCUCCUUUGUGUAUGUCAACCCUGAGGAUGGGCGGAUCUUUGCCCAGCAUACCUUUGACUAUGAACUGCUGCAGAUGCUGCAGAUUGUGGUGGGGGUUCGAGACUCUGGUUCUCCCCCACUGCUCGCCAAUACAUCUCUGCAUGUGUUUGUUCUGGACCAGAAUGAUAAUGCCCCAGCUGUGCUGCACCCACCUCCUGGUCGUGAACUUUCUGCCCCUCAGCGUCUCCCUCGAUCUGCCCCUCCUGGUUCCUUGGUCACCAAGGUGACAGCCGUGGAUGCUGAUGCAGGUCACAAUGCAUGGCUCUCCUAUUCACUGUUGCCACAGUCCACAGCCCCAGGACUGUUCCUUGUGUCUGCACACACUGGUGAGGUGCGCACAGCCCGGGCCUUGCUGGAGGAUGACUCUGACAUCCAGCAGGUGGUGGUCCUGGUAAGGGACAAUGGAGAUCCUUCACUUUCCUCUACAGCCACAGUGCUGCUGACUUUGGAGGAUGAGGACCCCGAGGAAACGCCCAAAUCCAGAGACUUUCUCAUAAACCCACCUGAACGUUCAGACCUUACCCUUUACCUCAUUGUGGCCUUAGCGGCCAUCAGUCUCCUCUCCUUAGUCACCUUCACCUUUCUGUCAGCUAAAUGCCUUUGCGGGAACGCAGAUGGGGAGGGGGGAGGGGGGCAGUGCUGCGGGCGCCAAGACUCGCCCUCCCCGGACUUCUAUAAGCAAUCCAGCCCCAACCUGCAGGUGAGCUCAGAUGGCACUCUCAAGUACAUGGAGGUGACGCUGCGGCCCACAGACUCGCAGAGCCAUUGCUACAGGACGUGCUUUUCGCCAGCCUCGGAUGGCAGUGACUUCACCUUUCUAAGGCCCGUCAGCGUCCAGCAGCCCUCAGCUCUGGCUCUGGAGCCUGAUGCCUUCCGGUCCCGCUCUAAUACCCUGCUGGAGCGGAGCCAGCAAGCCCCGCCCAACACGGACUGGCGUUUCUCACAGGCCCAGAGACCUGGCACCAGCGGCUCCCAAAAUGGUGAUGAAACUGGCACCUGGCCCAACAACCAGUUUGACACAGAGAUGCUUCAAGCCAUGAUCUUGGCCUCUGCCAGUGAAGCUGCUGAUGGGAGCUCCACCCUGGGAGGGGGUGCUGGCACCAUGGGUUUAAGUGCCCGUUAUGGGCCCCAGUUCACUCUGCAGCAUGUGCCCGACUACCGCCAGAACGUCUACAUCCCUGGCAGCAAUGCCACACUGACCAACGCAGCUGGCAAGCGGGAUGGCAAGGCCCCAGCAGGUGGCAAUGGCAACAAGAAGAAGUCAGGCAAGAAGGAGAAGAAGUAAUGUGGAGGCCAGACCUGGAGCCACAGGCAGCCUCUCUCCCCAACCAGUCCAGACUCCCCCACCUGAACCCAGGCCUCCGAAUUUCAGGGCUACCCCCAUGAUGCUGGUAGGGCCCAAGGCCAUGCUCCCUUUGGGAAAGAGAAACAAGUGCCCAGUCAACAUCCCCCUCUCUGCCCCCAGAGGGUUAAAUAUGCAAAGGGAGUUCUGCUGAGAACCCCCAUCCAAUCAAUCUCUGUGCCCAUGGGGAUGGUGGGGUUAGUGUAGAAACCAAGAACCAUUAAUCACACCCUCUUCAGUUACACUUGAACUCCUCCAUCUUCCAAAUUCAAUCAGGCCAUCCACCCCCUGCUUCCCUCCUCCCUAGCCUACUCCACCCCACUUCUUCAACACCUCUUUCUUGAUUAAGAUGGUUGGGGUAUUGAGGUACCAGGUUCAUCCUUCUUAAGAGUUGGAAGGGCAUCGUGACCUCUUAGACUCUCCUUCUACUCUCAAACUUUCCCCAAAGCAUGGUUGGUGUCAGUUCUUUCAUCUCCUUUUAGAGUCUGAGACCGUGCUCAAGUUUUGGGGGACACGGUCACCAUUCCCAUGGUACUGAUGCGUGCUGGAUUUACGGAGGGCAUUUUGCUACCAAGCCCCUUCCCAACAUCUUGGGGCCCAGUCUUUUGUUUCUCAUUGUUUGGUGUUCCCACUGCAUGCUGUGACUUCCCUGACCCCUCCCCAAACAAAAGACUCCAUUGCAUGCUCCAAAACAGUAUGGGGUGGAACGAUGAAGAAGGAAAGGAAAGGGUAUGUAUGUGGAUGGGGCUGGGAAGGGAUGGACAAAGCUUGACCAAUUGUUAACAGGGUCCUGCAGAAGACUCUGUAUAUCCCCAGGGCACUGACCAGGUCCCCAAAUUUCAACAUUAACCAAGCACCAUGCUAGACCCUCACUCCCACAUAAACGGCUCAUCCCAGGCAGUAAACGUUGGGUUGAGCUACCAGGACCAAUGGAUUUAAACUGGCAUUACAAUCCAAGGAAGCUCUGGAGAGGUCAUUGGGGCCUCCAUGGGUGCUGGGUACUCCAGUGGUGCCCCAGCAGGAAGGGGGCACCAGUUAGGCCAUUCUUGGUCCCUGUAUUUGAAAAGCAAGGAGCAAGCACAGGGACCAAGUGGAAAGAAAGCCUCAGCUCCGAAUUGGGACUUCUUCACAGUGCUCCUGCACUCCCUAAGGCCCUUCACCUUGCCAGGUGCCAUCUCUUCUCCGUGAAGGCCACUGCCCAGGCCCCAUCUAACCCUGCCCCUCAGUGGCCUCUAGAGCCUGGUUAAAGUCCCCCAGUGCCUCCUUGUGUAUAGACCUUUCAUCUGCCCACUCCCUUUCUGCUCCUGGGGUCCCGUUCAUCCUGCGGGGCUGCGAGAGAACCCCACCUUAACCCUUAACAGUAGUGUAGAGCCCCUUUCUCUUCCAGCUGGUGUAGAAUAGCCAAUAGUGUAGUGCGGUGUGCUUCUUACGUGAUGGCGAGUGGGCAGCAGGCGGCGGGUUCUGCAUAGCCUCCUUGAUCUGCCUGUGGCGGCUCGUGCUGUGUUUUGUGCUGUGUGCGACCCCCAUCCCUGUACUGACUCCUUCUAUAAGCGCUUCUCUUUGCAUAGCCACGUAGCUUCCCACCCCAUCUCCUUCCUGUGUCUCACGCAAGUUUUAUACUCUAAUAUUUAUAUGGCUUUUUUUCCUUUGAAAAAAAAUAAUAAAAUUGUUUCUUCUGAAA